AUGUCAAGCAAAUCGGCUCUCAAGGAGGUGCGGGCGGCCCUCGAUGCGAAAAAUUUCGAGCUUGCAGCCGACAAAGCCAAGGCCAUUGUCAAGGAACAGCCUCAAAACUAUCAUGCAAAUGUCUUUCUUGGUCUUGCGCAAGAUAAACUGAAUCACUUCCUCGAAUCCGAAAGAGCGUACCUCGCGGCCACUCGCAUCAAGGGCGACGAUAAAACAGCGUGGCAGGGACUCAUAAGUCUCUAUGAAAGACAAGGAAUUCAGUACCUGGAGCAGUAUCGAGAGGUUGUAAUCAAACUUGGGCUGGUAUUUGCUGCUCUUGACGAUAAACAUCGGUGUCAAGAUGUCGUGGACAAAUACGUUGCCUUUACAAGGAAGAAUGGAACCCGCCUGCAGUACAAGAGAGCCCUUGAACUACAUUUGCCGACAAGCCCGCUCUAUGAUUAUCUCGAAGGUCGUCUGCCUCACCCUGCCCAUACUUACCAACGUCUCAUCGAAAUUUCCGAAUCGGAAGAAAGAGAGUUUAUUAAUCGGGAGAUCGGUGAACGAAGAACUCGCCUCGGAGCACGUAUCGACCAAGUUACUCUGGAGGUAAAGCGAGAUGCCUACAGGCGGAGCGAACUAGAAGAGUUAUAUCGGGGAAUCGUCAAUUGGUCGCACGAUGACCAAAUUCGACGCACAUACGAAGAGAAACUACUACAGAGGGCAUAUGAUGUUCUUACUGUUCUUCCCGCGAAUGAGAAGCAUGCAAAGAGAGAAGAGGUGCUACAGGCUGCUCGAGAUAUGGUUAUUAUCAAGCAUCCGUUUGAACUUGCUUGGAAGAUCGUACUGGAAUGGCAAGACGUCGAGAAUUUCUCCCAAUGGGACCGGCCCUUUCUUGAAGAUUUCAUCGAGUUCUUCCCUGGAGAUGAUCUUACCAAGGUCCUCAAAGGAUUUUUGGCGAGCGACCUCUCUCCGUUCCCCAAAGAGCCGGCCAAGCGGAAUGAAGAAGCUGAGAAAUCCGAAAAUGGAAAUGGAGAAGAGGUGGCUGCACAGGAUCGCCUCCUCAUGAUGGUGGAAGGGUUCGAAAUGUCUUCCGCAUCAAUCGUUGCCCACAGAAUCAUGGCGGAGCUUUAUUCGUCUCUCGAGGAGUACGAAAGUGUUGUCGAUGUAUGCCGUAAGGGACUUCAAAAUGUGGAUGACCUUGUCAGAAGGACGGGUAUCAGUCUUCAAAACACUUCCGACUCUCUAAACAUAGCACUGGCAAACUCCCUCAUUUACCACCAGUCCCCACGAAAUCAUCCUGAAGCUCAGAGGAUCUUCCAGGAUAUACUACAAAGGCAUCCAACUUCCACCAGCUGUCUUCUCGGCAUCGGUCUCAUCCUCAAGGUCGAUGAAGAUUACCCGGAAGCGGUCAAUUUCUUGGAACGUGCUUUGGAGCGGGACCAUUCAAACCUCAAAGUUCGUGGCGAAUUGUCAUGGUGUAGAGCACUAAAUGGAGAUCUUUCUUCCGGCCUUUCAGGACUCCAGGACGUUCUCGAAGAGCUGCAAGCUUCGGAAAAAGAAAAUCGAGUUUUCAAGGGCGAGAUUCUCUAUCGCAUCGGAUACUGCCAGUGGGAGAUUGAUCCAUCACCUGCUGCCCGGAAAAAUCGGGCUGGUGCGUAUGCCAGUUUUCUCGCUUCCGUUCAAGCCAAUAUAAGCUUUGCGCCGGCUUAUACUAGCUUGGGCCUCUACUAUGCAGAUUAUAAGAAGGACAAAGUUCGGGCGCGGAGGUGCUUCCACAAGGCCUUCGAACUAUCCCCGUCUGAGAUUGUCGCAGCUGAGAGGUUAGCGAGGACCUUUGCAGAUCAAAAGGAAUGGGAUCUUGUUGAAGCUGUCUCGCAACGUGUUGUUGACUCUGGCAAGGCGAAACCUGCGCCCGGCUCGAAAAGAAAAGGCUACAGUUGGCCAUACGCUGCUCUCGGUACAGUCCAGAUUAACAAGCAACAGUAUCCUAAGAGUAUUGUUUCAUUUCAAGCGGCUCUUCGAAUCUCUCCUGAUGAUUAUCAUUCGUGGGUUGGUCUGGGUGAAAGUUACCACAAUUCCGGCAGAUACAUCGCCGCUACAAAGGCAUUCUAUCACGCCCAGCAGUUAGAACCCACGCUCUCGAACACCGAAAAAGGGCAAAUCUGGUUCGCUCGGUACAUGCUUGCGAACGUGAAGCGGGAACUUGGUGAAUAUGACGAUGCCAUCGCGAGAUACGAGGAGGUGCUCAAAAUCCGUCCGAAUGAGCUGGGUGUUACGAUAGCAUUACUUCAGACGCUUACAGAAAAUUCCUGGAAGUGCCUCGAGUCUGGGCUCUUCAAUGACUGUGCCGAGCUUGCCAGAAAGGCAAUCAUUGUGGCCAAGUCGCUAGCCACUGAAAGAGCCGACAUUUUCAACCUAUGGAAGGGCGUAGGCGAUGCGUGCGCGAUACUCUCAUAUGUCAAGUCAAAAGCAGCCAAACUACCGAUGAAGGAAGUCCGGGGUCUACUUUCCACUCAGCUCGAAGCUUCCGCUCUGUGCAUCCUCACAGACGUCGAUGAUGUUGGAGAAAAUCACUUGACGGCUUUGGACGAUGGGAAAGAUAUUCUUACACUGGCGAACGACUGCAUGUAUGCCUCUAUUCUGGCAUACAAACGUGCCAUCCAUGUCUCGCUGCAAGACACUCAUGCCCAGGCUGUGUCCUGGUACAAUCUUGGCUGGGCAGAAUACCGAGCGUCCAGGUGCAUCAAGCUUGUUGGUGAGAAAAAGAAGCAGUCGCGCAGGCUUCUAAAGGCAGCAAUGCGGUGCUUCAAGAGAGCCAUUGAGCUCGAGGCUGGGAAUUCUGAGUUCUGGAAUGCUCUUGGAGUAGUGACCACAAGCAUGAGUCCGAGAGUUGCGCAGCACGCAUUCGUCCGAAGCUUGCACUUGAAUGACCGAAGCGCACAGGUUUGGACGAACUUGGGAACACUUUACCUCAUCCAUAAUGACAUCCAACUAUCCAACGAGGCAUUUACUCGCGCACAAUCGACCGAUCCUGAUUAUUCCCAGGCGUGGGUUGGUCAGGGUUUCCUCGCUCUACUGUUUGGUGAACCACGGGAGGCUAGGGGGCUGUUUGAGCAUGCUUUCGACAUCUCUCGGUCAUCAUCAAGAUUGCCCAAGCAGCAGUAUACACUAACGCUGUUUGAUCAUCUCGUUGCAGACGCUUCAGUGUCAAACGAAGUUUCCCAAUUGAUCCAACCGCUCUUCACACUCUAUCAGCUGACCAGCCAAGAUCCCUCCGACCUACCCUUUGUCCAUCUCUUCUCCCUUCUAGCCGAGAGGAUAGGGGAAUUCUCAGACGCCGAGUCGAACUUACGCAACCUCAGUUUGCAUGUCGAGGCAGAAUAUGAAGUGUCUGAAUCGGCGACAUCACUUUCCAGAUACGCACAAGCAAAUGCGGACAUUGCCCGUGUGCUCUUGGCUCGCCAGGAAUACGAAGAGGCUGCAGAGAAGGCAGAAACAGCACUGAUGUUGUCGUCAGAGGAGGACUCCGAAAAGUUCGAGCCUGAAAUGUACAAAAACUUGCGCUUGUCCGCGCAUCUGACAGCCGGUCUUGCGCAUUACUAUAUGAGAGCCAUGGACAAUGCAAUCGACAUGUUCCGCGAUGCACUUCAAGAAGCGGAUAACUCGCCAGACGUCGUUUGUCUGCUCGCACAGGUCCUGUGGGCAAAGGGCGGCGAAGAGGAAAGGACCGUUGCUCGACAGCAGCUGUUUGAAUGCGUUGAGAGCUACCCAGAUCAUGUUGGAGCGGUUACACUUUUGGGGGCGAUCGCGCUUCUUGACGACGACAGAGACGUCAUCGAGGCCGUUGAGUCCGAUCUCCACAACAUGAUCACCAGAGACGAUAUCGAGAUUCAUCAGAGAGCGAGGUUAAUCAAGCUCUUGACUGCAAUCUCCGCGUGCGUUGCUGGUGAUUCAGAUGUCCCAAGUGAGACGAGACGUAUCGGAGAGGCCGCUGCGGCGGUAAUGAGAGCGCCUUACGACCCUCAAGGCUGGCUGGAACUAUCCUCGGCUGCACAAGAAUCACACCCUGCUGAAAUGGGCGUCAAGACCGCUCUGCAGAGUGUUCCUCCUCGAAGUAAUCUUGACGCUAACGACUUGUCAAAGGCAUAUUCACAGACCGGAAAGGCUAGCGAUGCACUGCGGGCGAUCAUGGUUGCGCCAUGGAUGCAAGGCGGUUGGCAGGAACUGAGCCAUAUAGUCUCAGCUACCUAGUCAAAAUUGUAGGUAUAUAGAAAUAAUAACCAUUAGAAAU